CGUCUGAUUUUGGUGAUAUGUUUUCUCUUUAGAAUAAUGUAAAACGUGUUAUAAAUAAUAAUAUUUAGAUUAGUUGAUUGUUUUCAUCUCUUUCUAUUAAUAGCUCAAAGGUCUAUAUGUUGUUGUUUUAAACGUUGUUGCUGAAUUGCGGAAAAGGACAAUAAAAAUGUCUGAAAAAUCUAAAAGCAUAGGGCAUGCCAAACACAUCCCGAAGGAUGCACAGGUUAUUGUGUCAAUAAUGAAAGACAUGGGUAUCACGGAUUACGAACCCAAAGUGAUAAAUCAACUUUUAGAGUUCACUUAUAGGUAUGUUACUUGUAUUUUGGACGACAGCAAGGUUUAUGCCAACCAUGGCAAGAAAAAAUUGAUAGACUUGGAUGACGUGCGCCUUGCCGUUAAGAUGCAGACAGAAAAGUCUUUCACGAAUCCGCCACCAAGAGAAGUAUUAAUAGAAGUUGCCAAAGUUAAGAACAGUACGCCUUUGCCUUUUGUCAAACCGAGCUAUGGACUUCGAUUGCCACCGGAUCGUUACUGUUUGAUGGGUACCAAUUACAAAUUCAAGUCUAUGCUUAAGAAAAGUGGAAGAGGAGGCAAUACUAAUACAGCUGGAGGAAGGGGUUAUUCUGUUGUAAAACGACCUGGUACUCUGAGCUCGCUGUCUAGACCCCAGCACAUUACUCUACAAAAACCGACCAUAAAAUCUGUCACCUCUCCUGCAAACACAAUAACAAUUCACCAACAAAUGAAGGCAAAGAUACCUCAGGUUUCUGAAAUGAUACCUGUUAUGACAGCACCACAGCCACCAGGAAAUGUGAAAUCCGAGCCCAACGAGACCAACAAAAGAAAACACGAAGAUGACGAUUAUGAUGUUCCAUAGAAAUAUUUCUCGUUUUACACGUUUUUAAUGUACCAUGGAUACGUUAAAUUAUUUUUAUAUUCGUAAGUAAGGAUGUGAAAUUUUAAUAUUGAAGUCUUUCAAAUGAUACUACGUUUGUUCAUCUCUUAUGAUGCUUAAAGUAUAAUUAAGGUCAUGUUAUUAAAAAUAAAAAAUAUAUAACUGAUUUUAAAAAGUUAAAAGGUUUUAAAGGUAAAAUAAAGACU